AUCCUCGUUUCAAAUACAUGCGUCCUCAGCAUGCUUUAGACAAGGUCAAGAGUCAACGGGGCGAUAUAUUGCGAAGCAAACACGCCACGAUCGAGCAUUUAAGGUGGUCGGAUGCAAAAGCAAAAGCAAAAGAUGAAGAUAUUGUUCUUGACCCUCUUAAGCGUGGCCGCGUUGUUCGGCGGCCUCGCCGAGCAAUGCGGAACGCAGGCGGGGGGUGCGUUAUGCCCCGGGGGACUAUGCUGCAGCCAGUAUGGCUUCUGCGGGUCCACUGAGGCAUACUGCGGCUCCGGUUGCCAGAGCCAGUGCGGCGGCGACGUGGCCUCCAUCAUCAGCUCUUCCCUCUUCGACCAAAUGCUGAAGCAUCGGAACCCCUUUUACAAGUACGACGCUUUCAUAGCCGCCGCGAACUCCUUCAGCGGGUUCGGGACGACCGGUGAUGCCACCACUCGUGCGAGGGAGAUCGCUGCCUUCCUAGCACAAACCUCCCACGAAACAACUGGUGGGUGGGCAACGGCCCCCGACGGUCCAUAUGCUUGGGGCUACUAUUAUGUCACGGAACAAUCCGACACAUCGGAUCACUGCCAAUGGAGGCCGGAGUGGCCAUGCGCUCCCGGCAAGAAGUACUAUGGCCGAGGACCCAUGCAGAUCUCCUUCAACUACAACUACGGACCGGCGGGGCAAGCCAUCGGCGUCGACCUGCUCAACAACCCGGACCUGGUCGCCACCGACCCGGUCGUCUCGUUCAAGACGGCCUUGUGGUUCUGGAUGACGCCGCAGUCGCCGAAGCCGUCGUGCCACGACGUGAUCACCGGGCGGUGGACCCCGUCGACCGCCGAUCAGUCCGCAGGGAGGUUGCCGGGAUACGGUGUCGUCACCAACAUCAUUAACGGAGGGUUGGAGUGCGGGAUAGGGCCCGAUGCCCGGGUUGCGGACCGGAUCGGAUUCUACAAGACGUACUGUGACCUCCUGGGAGUGAGCUAUGGAGACAACUUGGACUGCUACGGCCAGAGGCCUUUUGGAUUUGCCUCCUUAUCCGAGAGUCGAGAAGGCUAAAUGUGUGUCGGCUUCAGCCGCAUGAUGGAUGUACUAAACAAAGCAGCCGCCUCUCUUAUCGCUACAAUGUGUGGCAGCCCAGGAUAAAUCACCUGUGCCUGUUGUCACUCGAGAAUGUUCUCGAGUUCUUAAUUCCCGCUAUCCUGUAAUAAUAAUCUUGUUUUCCUCGGGACAAAAUUUAGUGUGUCGUGGCACGAUGACUUCGACGAUUGCGGCGUCAUCCAAAACCAGACGGCAGGUUGCCGAGCAGGUCCGAUACGAUGGCUUGCCCGGCCGAACAUGCAGCAAGACAGACUUGGUGAUUCGUGGUGAAGUGCUACCGUGGUUCCUCGUUGACUUCCACUCUGCUUUUAUCGACAGUUCAUCGUUUCGCUUGUAAGUCAACCACGCUUAUUUUCUUGACCAGGUCAACGGAACCGAGCAGUAGUUUACGGAGAGUAGUGGCGUCCUCUAUAAGCAAUGCAAUCCAUUCUCUGCUUGCGACGGCAAA